AUGAUCCACCUGCAGGCCUCCGAAGUGCAGCAGCUGCUCCACAACAAGUUCGUGGUCAUCCUGGGAGACUCCGUCCAGAGGGCCGUGUACAAGGACCUGGUGCUCCUGCUGCAGAAGGACUGCCUGCUCACUACCAACCAGCUCAAGGCCAAGGGGGAGGAGACCUUCGAAAAGGACAAGCUGGUGGACGGAGGCCAGAUGGGCCCCAUGCACAAUGGCGUCCAGUACCGGGAGGUCCGCCAGUUCUGCGACGACCACCACCUGGUGCGCUUCUACUUCCUCACACGCGUGUACUCCCCCUACCUGGAGGCCAUCCUGCAAGAGCUGCAGUCCAGCGAGCACGGCCUCCCGGAUGUGAUCAUCAUGAACUCCUGCCUCUGGGACCUCUCCAGGUACGGCCCGGACUCCUGGCAGAGCUACCUGAAGAACCUGGAGAGCCUGUUCGGGCUCCUGGGCCAGGUGCUGCCCGAGUCGUGCCUCCUGGUGUGGAACACAGCCAUGCCCGUGGGCAAGCGGAUCACAGCGGGCUUCCUGCAGCACAAGCAGCAGCCCGGGAAUAACUCCCUAAGAGGCCAAGUCAUCGAAGCCAACUUCCACAGCUCUACCGAGGCGAAGAAACACGGCUUCGACGUGCUGGACUUGCACUUCCACUUCCGCCACGCGGAGCAGCACCUGCAGCGCGACGGCGUGCACUGGGACGAGCGCGCGCACCGCCACCUCUCGCAGCUGCUGCUGGCGCACGUGGCCGACGCCUGGGGCGUGGAGCUGCCUCGGCGCGACCGCGUGGCCCCGGGGAUCCGGGGAGGACCCGGCGCGGCAGGUGAGAGGCCGGGGCAGGCCAGCAGAGAUCCGCGGGCCUUGCCGCCUCCUAGGGGCAGCUCCCUCCUCCCGAGUCCCCCUCUGCCCCCGCCUCCCCGCCUGCCCUUGUCCCCACAUCCUCGUCCCUAUCCUUUUCAGCAGGCGAUGCCGCGGGUCCUGUGCUAUCCCCAACAUACGUAUUUUUCCUCAGACCAGCCUUUCCAGUCGGAUCAGUUCUCUUCCAACUACUUCCAUUCAGAUGUCCCCUCCCCUACCCAGACAGGAUUUGCCUUUGAAGAUGACUUUAUGAUUGACUCUCAGCCACCCGUGCUCCCUUUCCCGGUGCCCUAUCAGUGGCAAGCCCCUGUGGUCCAUAGGGGUUUCCCCCGGCACUCGCCUCGCGGCCCCUAUGGGCCCUGGGGCCGGCAGCCGAGAUCUCCCAGGAGACCGGCCCAUUCCCGCCCACAGCCAAGGCCUCAAUAG